AUCGUCGUGGCAAGACUAGCAAUCCAAACCACCACGAUUCAGCAAGUUCUUCUUCCCUCUGCUUCACCUCCACUCACAAUCAUCUUCGAGUACUUUUUGGUAGUAAAUCCUUACUACUUUCUCAACUCAUACUCUUUCUACCACUCUUACACCAUCGAAUCUGAUCGGCCAGCCUUUUACAGUUCUAAAGCACCUGGCAGUCUCCCGGAAACUAGCACACCACCUACCGGCCAGAGAAAUGUGUUACAACCCUAUCGUCUCAAGACAGAGUCCACCCGAGUCUCCCCCGAAGACGUUUCCUGCCAUGUUCGACUACUCGCUCCCAGUUGAAUACCCUGCUGUAGACUACAUUGGAGGUCAGCCACAAGACGGGGAGUUGAUCUGGUUCUGUGGCAGCUGCGGUGAUGGCCCCAUAGGAAUUUGGAUGCCCGCUUGCUGCGCUUGCAAUCAUACAAGGGAUGGGUGCUGCCGCGUCGAGGAGAAGUAAGCAGGUACGAUGAUGAGCUAUGUGCUGAAGUUUCUCAUGUACCACCAUCCUGAA